AUGCCUUUUAAAGAUGCCAGAAAGGUGCAAUCCAAGGUGGCGAUUAACCGAAUUAGAAUCACACUCAUAAGAUGCAAUGUGAAGCCUCCUGAGAAGGUGUGUCCUGAUGUGAUCAGGUGCACGAGGGAGAAGAAUCUGAAAAUGAAAGGGCUGGUGUACAUGCCUACCAAGACACUGAGACUCACCACAAGAAAAACACCUUGUAGUGAAGGUUCCAAGACGUGGGAUCAUUUCCAAGUGAGAAUCCACAAGCGACUCAUUGACUUACACAGUCCUUCCAAAAUCAUUAAACAAAAAAUACUUCCAUCAGAAUUGAGCCAGGAGUGGAAGGUGAAGUCAUGA